AUGACAAACACCUAUGCAAAGCUCAAGGAUUUGGCCAAUGUCCCAAAUUGCACACUCCCUGCCACCAGCAGAACAGUCCUUGCUCAGCUGAACAGUCAUGCACGCGAUGCUAGUCGUUUGGAACACUUCCUCUGCGUGGGUCCUGCGACAAGCUCAUCUACAUCACCGCUAGAACAAGAUUUUCGCAGACUUGCAUCAAAGCUGGGUCUGGAGUGCUACGCCGAUGAUGCAACCGCAGACGGACAAACACUGUCUAUGACCGGCAACAUGCUUGUGAUCGAUAUCACUUUCAAGGCAGGGAGUAUUGUUGGCUGUUCUGUAGUACUUGCCAAUCCUGACGGUUCCCAGCAGGAACUACCAGCAGGCCAAGUCUUGCUUGACAACCUGCAGCAAGGCGAUACGACACUUGCAGCAUUAAAUUUGGAACGGCUUGCUCGCAAUGAUCGUCUGUCGUCCACAUACGGCGUGCAUCUUUAUGCCAAGCAAACAGCACUCUAUGAAGCACUCCAAUCUGACCUUCCGAAUACGAAGCUUGAUGGCAAUGCUCAAGUCGGCAUCUCGUUCAUCUACCUCGAAGCUGCGCCGGCAGCAAAUAUUUGCUACAAAGCAACACUCGAAGUGGAAGAGCAGACUCCCUCAGAAACGACAGCUGCAAGGUUUCCAGAACACUGGAAGCAGGAUGGUCAAUGGACAGAGGAUGGUGAUGGUCAGGCGAAUCCUUCGUUGCGGUAUACACUGGUGCUAGACCCGCCACUUUUCUUCAUUGACCCACCCUCAUCGCUGACGGCAGAGAAGAUUACGCUCGAGCAGCGCCAUGUGAGCAUUUACAACGAGCGCGGCGAGCGUACUGGCUUUGAUGUGCAGAUCGAUGCACCCGAUUUGAAACAAGUCUCUCGUUGGCCCAUUAGCCAUCCACGUGAGGUAGCGACACUGCUACAAGGCCCUAUACGGACUGCGGCUGUUCAAUCAGCGCUUCUGAAAUCGCUCGACGCUGUGCAAACAGAAGCAGUGCAGCAUCACUUGACGAUUCAGGUUAAGCCCGAUCAAUUCUUGAUACGCAGUAGCUCCACUGAUCCUAACGAGACUGCCGAGCCUCAAGAAUGGCUCGUUCGCCUCGAAGAUGGCGGCAAGAUCGUUUGCGACGAGACACGGUCGAGUCGAAUUUUGGAAUUGACCAUGAAUAUACCCAUUUGUCUUCUAGAUCGACGUGCACUCUAA